AUGACCCAAUUAUGUGGUUCUCAGCGUCGCAACCGAGAUGUUCCGUAUAUUAAUGUGGAAUUAUGGGCGUUAUCUGCAGAGAAAUCCUUCUGCGAGACGCGACCAGGCCCUCAGUACGUACUACGAGCCUACAACUUCCACCGCGAUGGCACCUUCCACUUGGCACUCCACUUCUACCGCGACCCGCACUGCGCCCACCCCGCCCACUCCCUAGCCGCCCACGGUCACCUUGCCCUCGGCCGCCCUUCCUGGGUCACGCCCGGAGGUACAGAGGCCGAGUAUACGCUCAGCAGGGUCGAGGUCGUCGCUCACACGCACCGCGACGCCGCCAUGGUUGCCGCCGCCGUCAACGCCUCCUGCCCGGGCAAGGUCACGAAGCCUUGGAAACCCCACAAAGCCCACACUGUCCUCGCCUACACGGAGACCGGCAACCACGUGACCGAAGACGAGGAUUGUGGGCGUGGUCUCGGAGGGGCGUGGCAUGAGCUGCAGCUGCUGAGGGUGGAGGAGACGUCCCCCUUGAAGCUCAAGAAGGACCCGUCUUCCUCCUCCUCCUCCUUAAGGAUGCGUCGGGAGCUGUUUUUAGGAGACCUCCAUACCGAUCUCAGCAAGCAGGAUAUUUACCGUCCGACGGGGUUCCAGCAGCCUCUCCUCAAUACGAAAUAUGUAAGUGAUUACAUAAUGUGCAAUCUAGACGCUCAAAGAAUCACACAGUUCUGCAAUCUCAAAUAUGAUAUAUUGAACAGUCUUGCAUGCAUCCUAAACGGUCUGGAAUCACCCCUCCCCCCCACUGAAGGUCUAACGGUGACCAGCCACCUCUGA